AAAAGGGGAGGGGUUAACCUUGGCAAACGUGUCCAGACAAGUCCUUGGUACAAGAUUAGCAUAAGCAGACAUGGGAGGGCAAGACUCAGAAUCAGCAGCCUGGAAAAUGAACCCUCAGCCAGUGAUCAUGCAGCAGCCACAAGUUGUGGUUAUCCAGCCAUCACAACAGAGCUACUGGCAGACAGGCGUGUGUGACUGUUUUAGUGACUGCGGAGUAUGUCUCUGUGGAACAUUUUGCUAUGUAUGUUUGGGAUGCCAAGUUGCCGCAGAUAUGAAUGAAUGUUGCCUCUGCGGCACAAGCGUGGCAAUGAGGUCCGUCUACCGAACCAAGUAUGGGAUCCCGGGAUCCAUCUGCGAUGACUACUGCACUCUCUGGUGUUACCCUCAAUGUGCCCUUUGCCAACUCAAGAGAGACAUCAAUAGAAGGCGUGAACAAGGAAUCUUUUAGGGAAGUUGAGAGUUUUGAUGGCAUUUAUAGUUCAAUUUAGUUGCUGCUCAUGUUAAGCGGUAAUGUGAAUUUUUCAAAAAGCUUCUAAAAUCACACAUGAAACCUGUGGGCUUAUACAAAUCUAAGUGUUUUUUAGCUGUUAAUCCAGUUUCUUGCCCUUCCAAUUAUUCCACACCUGCAUGUAUUUGAAUUAGUGUAUAAGGAGCAACAGCAGUCUUUCCAAAUCAUAGUAGUAGGUGUUCCCUUUUGUGCUUGUCUCACCUUCUGAUUUCCUGAUUCAGUUAUGUCAAUUAAGUACCAACAGCGCAUGUGU